AGGAAGUUAGCUAGCUGUCAAGCUAAUUUCUUCACUGCCCAGUGCCUCCACAUUAACGUUAUUCCAAAACAUACCCUAGACAGGAAAACAGAAGGCGAGAAAAGACACACUCGACUCGUGUGAUAGUGUUGCACUGGAUGCUGUUUCCUGUGGACUUUGGCUCUCUCCAUACAUCAUCUGGUGUGGGAUAUUAUAUCCGAGGGGGGAUUAGUCCUGAGGAACUUGGACUUUCCCCUGUGCAAAAAUAGCCACCAUGGAUCACAAAGGGGAACCCCAGGAAGGAGCUAUGGGGCUGAAACAGGAGGAGCUGCCGCAGAUGGACGGUUUAUGUGACGCGUGCGAGCCUGACGAGGCCCAACCGGCCACACAAGUAUGCCACACCUGCAGCUUUGCCUUCUGUUCUGUUCAUGCUGACAGACAUGCCAGCAGCACACGUCACCCCAUAAUGCCUUACAACCAUGAGGGGACACAAGCUAAUGGACUUGGCACCAACAGAUGCUCCAGAGUUGGAGACGGAGCUGAGGAUGUGGCUGGUGCCGAGAGGGCAGCUGGAAUGGGCGUGAAUCAGGAGAUGGCGCCACUCGGACUGGCAGUGGCUAAUGGCGAUGAGAGCGGCGACGCCGGGGAAAGGGAAGGAGCCAGGAAUGGUGUACAGUUGGAGGCCGGGCUGGGUGACGGAGCUGAGGGUGCAGAAGCAGGGCGAGAGGUCGUGGCUGCCAGAGAGGCGGGGAAGAGGGACACUGUGACAGUAGAGAGACUGCGCUGCAAGGAGCAUGGACAGGAAGGAUCCCUCUACUGUAAACCGGAUGAGAAGAUCAUCUGCGUGGUGUGUGCCGUGCAGGGUGAGCACCGUGAGCAUGAGAUCAUCACCCUGCAUGAGGCCUACGUGUGGCAGAAGAGCAGGCAAGGUUAUGACCUGCUGGGCUGUACGCAACAGAUGGGUGAGAAGAUCAAGACCAAGUGGACCAACCCGGAGAUGUCAACAGAGGAGCUGGAGGCGUACGUAAACAGCCAGUUUGACGAGCUCCGCAAACUGGUGCGUCUGGAGGAGAAGAGGACCCUUCAUCUGGUUGACCUCAAAGAGGCGUUCCUGACAGCAUCCGCUGCUGAGAAAAUCGCCGAGAUCUCCGUGGAAACCGAGCGCCUGCAGGAAGAGAUGGACAACAUCACACACCAGCUGUGCCUGCUGGAGCGGGCUGAGGCGUUGGGUCCUGCUGUGGCAGCGCAGGCACUCGCAGCAGCACCAGCCCACAGGGUGCAGCGUGACAUUGAGGCCAGGCCAAGGCUGCCAGAGCCGAGGGCGGAGCCCAUGGACCAACGGGACUUUGACGACAAUAAUUCUGGACCAUCCAUGGACCACGCCCCCUAAAACCAGCAGACCAGACUCCUGCUACCUCCUCCUGUCCUUCAGUGUCGGCUUCAGCCAGCCGUCAGCCCUGUUGAGCUGUCAGGCUGGCUCUCUCUCUCUCUCUCUCUCUCUCUCUCUCUCUCUCUCUCUCUCUCUCUCUCUCUCUCUCUCUCUCUCUCUCUCUCUCUCUCUGUCAGCCAUCUCUUUUACCCUGCUCCCCUCCCCUUCCCCUUCCUCCCCCCUCCCCGGGAGCUGACCUUGAAGAGGGCUGCUGUGACAAAUAUGGAUGGCCACGUCUGUUCUGCUCUCAAACUUUUUUUUUUUUAAUUCCUCACUAGCUACUAACUUUCUUUAAUUGAGGCACACAAAGUUAUGUGCAAUCAAUUACCAUCAGGCUCAAUUUCCACAGCCAGUCAGAUCCUUGGCUUUAGUGGUGAGCCGGGCUGACUCAGAGAGGAGCCUGGGUAGGCAGCUGAGCGGAGCAUCUGUUAAGCCCGACAGAUGUCAGAAAUGGGAAAUUCUUUGACGCGGUGUGCUUCACACUUCAUUUAUGUACAAUAUAAUUUUGUUUCUGUCAUUUUGACAAACAUUCUGGACUCUCCCAGACAAAGAAAGGGAAUCUUUUCCAGAUGCCACAAAUGCCUUACGUCUUCAAGAGAAUAUAUUGUGUUAUAUUUUGAUUGUAAAAAAAACAACCUCAGUGUCUUGUAGCUUUUGUUCUAUGAUGUUGUCUCUUGCACUUUCCAUCAUCCUGGUGCCUUCACCCCUCCUGUCCCCUACACCCUCCGCCCUACCCGCUGAUUCUUUAUGCUUGUAGAUUUGCGCUCACUUCCUUGUGUGCUUGUCUAUUAUCAGAAGCGGGGGGACUUUUUGACACCUAUUGAUUGGCGAAUGUUGCUGAGUCUUUGUUAGGUGAAAAUCGAACUGCAAUUUGACUGUGCAAAAAUAGCACUCCAGCACUAUCAGCUUUCUAUGCACUGUAAUGGAAGGGCUCAUUAGUCCUGGCCAAUCUGCAGCGCAUGACAGAUUGCAUUCCCGACGAGUGUACGCACUUUCUACCUUGACCCGCUCAGCCGUGGCGUUCAUUCAUGAUAUACCGCCGCAAGUCUGUCUGUGUCAGCGGUUUGUUUCUAAUGUGAUUGAUUCUGUUGUCUUAAAUUCAAAAUUGAAAGCGGCGUCACCCGUAAUAUGUGGGGCAUGUUUGACAACAACAUGACUUCACUGUGCUGUAGCACUGCACUACGAUGCACUGAGAGUCGUAUACCCACCCAAGGGAAAUGCCGGUGUGUCAACAGCCUUUUGAAAUAACUCGGCUCAGUCUUUAUUCUUGUGUAACAACAAACAGAAGUCUGAUGUUUCCCCUGGUUUUAAUGUCUAAUAUUUGUGUCUUAAAUCUAUAAAUAAACAGCCAGUUUUUUUU